UCAAGUGGAUGACACGAUAAUGCAAUCCCCCACCGCACCCCCAAUUGGGCAACAUUCGGACAAUCCAAAUCACGGGCGAUAAGCAGGGAAGGAUUUGGACAAUCGAAACAGGAAGUCAGUCGUGCACGCUCCGCCUGUCUAACCUAAUCCUCCGAUCAAUCACGUCCCUAAGUCUCGUACAAUGUCCACCCUCGCGCUGCCACCCUGCUGCACCUUCAAACGCGGCGGCAUAAGAUCUCCCUCACACUUCUCUUCUUCCAAGCUCAUCUCUAAACCAUUUGGUCUGAAGUCCUCGAGCAGCUUUCGCACAACUGCAAUGGCUGUCUACAAAGUGAAGCUCAUCAGUCCGGAGGGCGAGGAGGCAGAGUUCGAAGCUCCAGAUGACACCUACAUCCUCGACUCGGCGGAGAAAAACACGAACCUGGACCUUCCAUAUUCAUGCCGAGCCGGAGCCUGCUCCUCAUGUGCAGGUUUAAUUGUCUCAGGUUCUGUUGAUCAAUCCGAUGGAUCCUUUCUUGAUGAAUCACAGAUGGAGAAAGGUUAUGUCUUGACCUGCGUUGCUUACCCCACCUCCGAUUGCGUCAUCCAAACCCACAAGGAAUCGGAGCUUUAUUAGGUAAGAUGCGCCCUGAUCCAAUCUCCCAAUGUUAGGAUUUAAUCUCUCUCAUAAAAGACAUGGCUUUAUAUUUUUGUUGGAAUAGUUUUGAUGAUGAUGGUGAUGAUGUUUCUCAUGCCCAGUUUUGUAUUUGUUAGCUGAGGGUCUGCAUGUGAUGCACUGUUAGCGCUAGUAUGUUGAAUGAUGUGACGCUGUGAAUGGCUUACAA